UUGGAUAAGCCGAAGGCAAAUAAACUUCUACUUUGGACAGCAAUGCUAAGCUCCAUUCAAAUAUUCAACAUACCGAAUCAAAUAUUAGAAUUGGAUGAGCUGGGUACCAAGAUCAUUAUGCAAUACAACGGAUUUAUAGCAUCGGAAAAUAUCAGGACAGUGAUUUUUCUUCGCGACGUACUACGGGGAAACUACGAGAUGAGAAAAGAGAAUGUCGGCGAAUCACAGGUGGAUUGCUAUACCCUACCUUCACCAGGACAAGACAUAUUCAGAGCAGUUCCAAGAGCCGCGAUGGAGUUCAAAAGAGCAUUGCUUGAUCAUUUGAGAAGAGUUGUUACGUCUUUGGAAGCAAGGACAAUGUUCGGACAACUGGUAUCGGGUUCUCAACUGCUUGUUUACUUGAGGGAACUCGAUAUGAAGAAUAUACGUGAGUCAAUCAAAAGAGCAAGAGAAAUCAUCAGAGGAGUCUUGGACUUCAGACAACAGAUAAAUGAUCGUGUUCCACACAGAGAAGCUAUUGAGAAUGUUUUGAAAAAUCUAUCUGCCGAAGACAGAAAGAGAAUAGAAGAAUAUAUUACUAUAGAAGUUCAAAGAAUGCAGGAAGCCGGAGAGGGCCAACGUGGACCAGUGGUAACUGUAAUAGCAGAAAACAUCCAAUCUGUGACCGUGGGCCAUCACGCAGCGAAUGACAAAAAGAAUAAUGAACAGAAAUAAAGAACGCUUGAUACUAGAGGUGCAUGGAAACCACUGCACACCACCUCGGAGUUUCAUUCUUUAUAUAUAUACAAUUGCAGAAGCUUAUUCAGAUGGGCGUUUUGAAACAUCACUGGAUAUAGUUCAAAAUAGUCUCAGGAGUAGUAUAUAAA